CGGGAGCGCGCGCUCGCCCGCCUCCUCCUCCUCCUCCCUUUUCUCUCCUCUGCGGGCUCGCUCGCACGGUCUCCUUUCUUUACCGUCCGAACGCCAGGCGCGGAUCCCCUUUGCCCCGAGGAGAGAAGCCGUCGUCGGGGUGGGCAUUCUGAGAGAAGCACGAACAGAAAAGGAACCGGGGUGGGGAGCGGACGUCGGAAGAAAGGCGCCAGGAGUUUCGGGGGAAAAAAAGAAAGAGGCACGGAACAGGGCUGCGUUUGAGGAGCAAAGGUGCUGAAAGCUCAGGGGUCGUCGUCGUCGUCGUCAUCAUCAUCAUCAUCACCAUCCCAAGGAACUGAAGACAGUUGGAGGGAGAGAUCGGGAGAUUUUUUUCUACUUGCCACGCAAAUCUUAAUUUCCAGAAUGCCGAAACAGCAAGAACAGUAUCCGAUAUUUACAGCCGUCCUCUUCGCAUUUAUUUUCCUCCUAGCAGCUGUGAGUACUACCGAAGCUGGCAAAAAAGAAAAAACAGAGAAGAAGGUGAAGAAAUCUGACUGUGGGGAAUGGCAGUGGAGUGUGUGUGUUCCUACUAGUGGAGACUGUGGGCUUGGGACCCGGGAGGGCACUCGGAGUGGGGCCGACUGUAAACAAACAAUGAAGACACAAAGGUGCAAGAUCCCCUGCAACUGGAAGAAGCAAUUUGGAGCGGAGUGCAAAUACCAAUUCCAGGCGUGGGGGGAAUGUGACCUAAACACUGCUCUGAAGACUCGAACCGGGAACCUAAAGCGAGCCCUACACAAUGCGGACUGCCAGAAGACGGUCACCAUCUCAAAGCCCUGCGGGAAGCUGACCAAACCCAAACCUCAAGAACCCAAGAAAAAGAAAAAAGAAGGCAAGAAACAGGAGAAGACAGUGGAAUAGGGAAGCUAUGCUGGGCUGGCCGGGAAUGCCAUUUCCUCGAAUGUAAUCGGUUAACAAGUUUCAUUGACUUAGGCAUUUUAUCAAGAAGUUAUUUAUAGCUUAAUUGUACAAUAGGAAGAAAUAAACAUACAAACACACUCUCUUCCUUCUUUUUUAUUAUUAUUAUUAUUUACUUUAGUCAGUCUUCUCCAACUUGAUGCCCACUGGAUGGGUUAAACUACACACAGUAGUCCAGUCUAUGCCAGGAGGCAUCAGGUUGGGGGAAAGCUGCUCUAGUUUCUUAAAUGUACGCUCUUAACAGCAGUUUUAAAAAUCGACAGAAAAAGGCAGUAAUGUCAUUUAGAACACGAGUGCUAUUGUAAAUGAAAAAAGCAUAGAUUCAUUCCAAAUGACUUUCCUCUUCCCUCUUUCCAAGUCAUAUCUUUUAAAGCCUGCCUCCGCAUUACUAAGAACACGGCUCAUGAGCCAUAUGGAACUCCUGAAAUGUAUUCAAUAAAAGUUCUGUGAUGUCACCACAAUCUGACCCUAUGUUGUGUGGACCGGCUGUGUUACAUGUUAAACAGAACCCUCCCCUACCUCUUUUUACUUUUUAUAAUAGCAAGAGUGGGUCUCUAUUCCCCCCUCCCUUCAGAUUGUACCUGCAUUGAAAUAACUAACUUGGUUGUAAUUUACACCUUUUAAUAAAACAAUUUAAGGCUCUAGUC